AUGAUGGUAGGGAGGGCAGUGACAGAGAUAUGUAGGAUGAGACGACAUGGGCGGGUGUUAAAGCGUCUCCGUGAUCAAAUUGGAGGUUUCAAAACUUCGUCCCAGGUCUUGGGCAAUGAUGGUAGUGCACGUAGGAAAGCUGUAAACCACAUCUCGUAA